AUGGCGGCGUUUCCUCACGAAGUACCCGCGAUCACCGAGGAAAAGACCGGAUUCGACCUGAACCUCCAGCACGGCCACCAAGACCUGGUCCAAGCUGUUGCCUUCAACGCCUAUGGCGACCGCUGCGCGACCGGCUCGGUCGACGGAAAGAUCAAAGUCUUCAAUCGCCAUAAAGACGGGGUAUGGCACCAUUGCGAUACCUGGGGGGCUCACGGCGGCGAGAUUCUAGAGCUCCAAUGGCUACCACCGACGGUCUACCCGAACCUCAUCGCAUCGCUCGGGAUCGAAGGCCGCUUCAAGUUAUGGGCAGAAGACCCCUCCGCCGCCCCGGGCCGCCGCUUCAGCGCCAGCAAUCGCGCGACAACCAGCAAAGCCGCCUACGAAAUGCGCUCCGCCAAAUACCCGUACCGCUCCUUCUCCAUGAAGCACAACGAAGAGACGCGGCAUACCUACCUCGCCCUCCUUGCCUCCGACGGCCGCCUGAUGGUGUACGAGAACGAGCAACCCGAGAACAUGUCCGAGUACACGUCGAUCGACGAAUUCAACGUAUGCCCGAAACCGAGCCGCGGCGAGGAGAUCAGCUUCAAGGUCCGCUUCGACCCAAACCCGGACCCGUGCUACAAUGCCCUGCGGGCGGGGGUCGCGACGGACUCUCUAGGUUUGGUGGUGGCAGGAAUGUCUUCGGUCAAGGUCUAUCGCUCUAGAGACGUGUUAACGACAUCGUAUGGCGUUGCCCAGUCACAACGAGAGUUCUACCUGGCUGUCGAGGUCGGCGUUCAUCGUGGUCUCGUGCGCGAUGUAGCGUGGGCGCCGGGGAACAUUCGAGGGUACGACACCAUUGCGACGGCUUGCCAGGACGGCUUUGUCAGGGUAUUCCGCAUCGACACGCCUCACACCCCCGACAGCGCGAAGUCGUGGUCGACGACAGAGCUCACAAGGCACGAAAACCACCUGGCACAGGCUUCGUCAAGGGCGGGACAGCUAAGCGACAAACAACCUCAGUCAGGGCUCAGCGCAAGCCUCGCCAAGUCUGGUUCUCAUGCAGAACGGCACUUCUCGGGUCAGCCCGGCCAGGUGAAGCACGUGUUCCAGGAGACCGCGAAGCUGGACAGCCAUAGAACGCCUGUCUGGCGCGUUGGCUUCGACGACGACGGCCAGAUCCUGGCGAGCACCGGCGACGAUGGCAAGUUGCUAUGCUACCGUCAGACACCGAGUGGCACUUGGGCCAAGAGUUCUGAACUGGCGAUGGUGAAGGCAAGGAUGGCAACGCCUUGA